GACAAUGCAACAAGAAUAAUAAAUAAUAAAAUAUAAGAAUACGAAGAUAAGGUAAAUGGCUCAGUAGAAAAUAAAUUGAAACAUCCGCAGGUUGCAUCAUACUUCUCUCUGGGGGAUUUUCUGCAAUUCAACCUACUCUCAUGAGAAGCAUUUGAGGUCAGAUAAGUCACGUUAACGAGCAAUGUCUCUGAUACAACCCAUGCGCCACAAUUCAGGUUUAGAUUCUUACUUUCUAAAUGACCAAAGAUUAAAGUUGAGUUCCGCUAAGAGGUGUGUACGUUUUUCGAGAGGCAGUGUUUAGCACCUCCUCGGGCUCCUCGUAUACCGUAUACAGUGGAGCCAUACUUCUGCCAGUGAUGACAUCUUUUCUAGGAUUUAUGAGCUGAUACUGUUCUCAAGUCUAACUGCUACCCAGUGUCCCUGGAAGAUCUUCUUAAAGUUCAAGGACACAUCUGGAGACUGGACAGAGACUCUCUUCCUAGCUGACACCAACUCUCCCAGCAGCAAACCAUGUCUUCCAUAGACCCCUACCAGUACAUUAUUGUGGAGCAGCAGUUCUCUCACAAGUUCAGAGUGAAGGUGGUUCGAGCUGAGAAUGUCACGAAGGGAGCACUGGGUGACCUGUUGGACACUCCUGACCCCUAUGUGGAGCUGUUCAUCCCAACUUCCCCCGAGAGCAGGAAACGAACGCGCCACAUAGACAACGACAUCAACCCUGAAUGGAAUGAAACCUUUGACUUCAUACUAGACCCAAACCAGGAGAACCUUCUAGAGAUAACGUUAAUGGACGCCAAUUACGUGAUGGACGAGAAACUUGGGACUGCGUCGUACAACGUCUCCAAAAUGUUGAAAACUGGUCAGACUGAGACAGUGCCUUUUCUUAUCGGCAAAGCAACCAAUGUAUACUUAGAGAUGGCCCUGGAGGUCUGUACUAAACUGGACCUGCGGUUCAGCCUGGCCCUGUGUGACAAGGAGAAGCUGUUCAGACAGGCCCGCAGAGAGAAGGUGACGUUGGGCAUCAAGAAGCUGCUAGACAUGGAGAAGCCUCGCUUCCUCCCCAGCACCCCUCAGGAGGUGCCGGUGAUAGCCAUAGUGGGUUCAGGGGGAGGCUUCAGGGCCAUGGUGGGGUUCUCUGGGGUGAUGAAGGCCCUGUAUGAGUCUGGGGUCCUGGACUGUGCCACCUACAUCGCUGGCCUCUCUGGAUCCACCUGGUACAUGUCGACCCUGUUCUCCCACCCAGAGUUCCCCUCUAAGGGUCCUAAGGAGAUCAACGCAGAGCUGAUGAAGAGUGUGAGCAGUAACCCUCUGAGGCUGCUGCUGCCCCAGCACAUCACCAACUACAUCCAGGCUCUGUGGAGCAAGAAGGCCAACGGACAGCCCGUCACCUUCACAGACAUCUUCGGCAUGCUCAUCGGAGAGACACUCAUUCCUGCGAGGAUGGACACAAAGCUGAGUGAGUUGCAUGAGAAGGUAAAUGAGGCCCAGUGUCCCCUCCCUCUGUUCACCUGUCUGCACGUCAAACCAGACGUGUCCGAGCUCAUGUUCGCAGACUGGGUGGAGUUCAGCCCAUUUGAGAUUGGAAUGGCAAAGUAUGGAACGUUCAUGACCCCUGACCUUUUUGGAAGCAAGUUCUUCAUGGGAACCGCUGUGAAGCGUUAUGAGGAGAACCCACUACAUUUCCUUAUGGGGGUGUGGGGCAGUGCUUUCUCCAUUCUCUUCAACAGAGUUCUGGGGGUGAAAGACACGGUCGGGGGGAGCACUAUGGAGGAAGAGCUUGAACAGAUAAAGCCUCAACACAUCGUGGGGGAGGAGAGUAUGGACAAUGACGAGGAGCCUCAGAAAGGAGGCAGUGAGAACAAGGAUGAUGAGUACCACCGCACCGCCCAGAACAGCUGGGUCCAGCGAAUGAUCACCUCCCUCUUCAGCGACUCCUCCCUGUUCAACACGCGGGAGGGGCGGGCGGGGAAGGUCCAUAACUUCAUGCUGGGCCUCAACCUCAACACCAACAUGCCCUUCUCCACCUUCGGAGACUUCAUGUACCAGAACUCCUGCGCCUCCGUCGAGGAUGAGGUGGACGCUGUCACAGACCCCGAUGAGUUUUCUGAUAUCUAUGAGCCCCUGGACGUGAAGAGUAAGAAGAUCCAUAUAGUGGACAGUGGUCUGACCUAUAACCUCCCGUACCCCCUCAUCCUGCGGCCGCAGCGUGGCGUCGACCUCAUCAUCUCCUUCGACUUCUCAGCUCGCCCCAGCGACUCCAGCCCACCCUUCAAGGAGCUUCUGCUGGCUGAGAAGUGGGCCCGGAUGAACAAACUGCCGUUCCCUAAGAUCGACCCUAAAGUGUUUGACCGCGAGGGCCUGAAAGAGUGCUACGUCUUCAGGCCAAAAAAGGGGGAACGGAACUGCCCAACUGUCAUCCAUUUUGUCCUGGUCAAUAUCAACUUCAGGACGUUCAAAGCCCCUGGAGUUCCUCGUGAGACGGAACAGGAGAAGGAGAUGGCUGACUUUGACAUCUUCGACGACCCUGAGACGCCGUACUCCACGUUUAACUUCCAGUACUCCAACCAGGCCUUCACACAGCUCCACGACCUCAUGGAGUUCAACACGCUCAACAACAUCGAGGUGAUAAAAGAGGCCAUUAAGGAGAGCAUCAUAUACAGGAAGGAGAAUCCAUCCCGCUGCUCUGUGUCCCUCUCACUCAACGAGAUCCAGAACAAAAUGUUCCUGAAGCGUGAGACGCGGGAGAAACCCCGGAAGUGAGAGCCGGAAUGCUGGGAAGAGCAAGGUCAAGCUAUCAGACAAAACUUUGGCAUUGGAGAGUGAAGAUUUUCCUCUAUUUUUACAAUUUCUAUUUGGGAAACUUUGUUGGUUUGUUUUGUCCAUCUAAUGUGAAUGAAGAGGGUUUGGUGUAAACCAUGUAAACCUGUGGUGGAUAUCACUGAACAACCUGACAGAGACUUGUUAUGGACCCUAAAGUUUAGUGGUAUAAAGUCUUAAGGGAUCUUAAAAUAGCAGUAAACUAAACUCCAUGCUCCUUAAUUGACUUUUCAUUUUAUAAGUGUGACUCAUGUAUGUAUUCUGUGUUUUUAAUGUAGCAGGGUAUUCCUACAGUGUAGUUGUAAACAGUUGGUUACUGAUCUAAACAAGUGAUCUCAUAGGAAACCAUGGUAACCAUAGAAGAGGAGGUGUCCUUAAACUAUCAAGUUGUGUUUGAUGCCAACUUCUAAAACACCACCAAGUGCAACCGUCUGGAUUUCUCAAACAUCUCAAUUAUGUUUAUUCAACGCAGGGAGUGUCUCCAACAACAAAACAAAACUCAACACCAUAGAAACUGCCUUUCUGUCUGCCUCUCUUAUAUUCCGCUCUGUCACGUUAGAGUGGGUUUAUUUUCCUGAGUGUGUUAUUUCAGGCUUCCCCUUAUAUACUUGGACCAAGUUUUUUUGGGGGGCAGAGUAAUUUCCUCCCACCGUGACCCUCCUCAGUGACUUCUUAAAAGGCUAGGGGAAAUGGAUGUAACCUGAUUCCAGGCCCAUCCACACCCACCAUCCUCCCCUGCUCUCCCCCGCAGAUAUGGUCAGGUGUGUCUGUGCUGAGGUGGGGUGAGAGGGGUGUAUCCCCGGAGAGGAUUUGGUGUGAUGGGUGAAAGCGCUGCCACUUAGCUUCACUUCAUGGCUCUUGUCGGCACACAGUGGAAUUUCAAACGCUACACCUACACCUGCAGCAGCGUCUGGAGAGAAGAAUCUGACAUACUACACCUACACCUGUAGGGGUCAAGGGGCUUCCAGUGUGCUGUGGAAUUUUACAGAGACCAUGACCUGACUGAGCUCACAUUUCAGCCUAGUUUUUAAAACAUAAUAAUAAUAAUAUGCCAUUUAGCAGACGCUUUUAUCCAAAGCGACUUACAGUCAUGCAUGCAUACA